AUGGCAUUGCGUUAUGACACGGCAGUAAAAAAAGCGGCAGUUGCAGCCUACAAGGGAAUACAAGGAACAAGAGAUCGCAGAAUAGGAUUCGGAAAUUCUAUAAAUAAUAAUAGACGGCGUGAACGUCCUGCGGUGUCGGCAGCCACGCCUGCGAGCGUUCGCCUGAUCGGCGGCGGCGGUGGCAACGAGUACACAAGUAUUUUGUGUAAUAUUCAUGCCUUCGGCCAUGCCAAUGAUUCUGCCCGCCCAUGCGGCAAAUUGCAUUUUAUGAUUGCGUCAUCCCUGCCGCUGUGUCUGCGUCCGGGACGACGAGGACGCGUGUGGGGGCCGGGGCGAAUUCGGAUUGCCACUGCAGCACGGGGGCGCAACGGGCUACGUCAGCUCGGUGGGUAUGGGAAUGAGACUAGAGAAGAGGGUGGAAUGGAACUGCUGAAGCAAGCGAAACGAACUGGUGAAGCUGACGGAGGGCCUGGUGAAAACCGAGAGGGAAUUGUUGAAGUGGCGUAG